GGAUCUCUCUACCAUGUCAUACCCACAAUUUGGAUACCCGUACUCCUCCGCACCCCAGUUCCUCAUGUCCAGCAACUCUCUGACCACUUGCUGCGAGUCGAGCGGCAGGGCUCUUUCGGACAGCGGGGUGAGCGCCUCCGCCCAGACGCCCGUUUAUUGCCCGGUUUACGAGAGCCGGCUGCUGGCCAGCGCCAGACACGAGCUGAGCUCCGCCGCGGCGCUCGGCGUUUAUGGGAACCCCUACACCGGCGGUCAGGGAUAUGGCAACUAUGUCACCUACGGCACCGAUGCAUCCGCUUUCUACUCUCUGGGCACAUUUGACACAAAAGAUGGGACAGCCACUGCGCAUGCGGGCAUCACUCAGGCUGCUGCUUACUACCCCUACGAUCCUUCCCUGGGGCAGUAUCAGUACGACAGAUACGGGUCUAUGGAUGGAGGGACACGCAGAAAAAACGCCACCCGAGAGACGACGAGCACCCUGAAAGCCUGGCUCCAGGAGCACAGAAAGAACCCGUAUCCCACCAAAGGAGAGAAGAUCAUGCUGGCGAUCAUCACCAAGAUGACCCUCACGCAGGUGUCCACCUGGUUCGCGAACGCCAGGAGGAGGCUCAAGAAGGAGAACAAGAUGACCUGGCCGCCUCGAAACAAAUGCUCUGACGAGAGGAGAUACGAGGAUGACGAAGAGGCGUCUCAAGGGGAGCAAAUUAAAACGGAGAGCAAUGAGGAUGAGAGCCGAAGUCGAGACGAUAAAGAUCUUCAACUAAGUGAUCUGGACGAUUUCGACGCCAUGGACUCCGAGAGUUCAGAGUGCGACUUAAAGCAUCAGUUUAACGUCAACAGCCACAUGACCGCAGCCGACUGUCCUGCUGAUCACCUGAAGGAGACCUCCUUAAAGAUAACCGUCCCCGUGUCUCUCCAGGGGAAUCAAGAGUUGUCCAAGAGCUGCCUGAAAAGGGCCCCAGAAGAUGAUUGUGAACACCACGCCACCAGUGGCAGACAGACCAAAACCUGCUUCCAGCAAGGUCACCAGAUACUAGACAGCAAGCCCAGAAUCUGGUCUCUAGCCCAAACAGCCACGUCACUGAACCAAAACGAGUACCCAUCAUGCAUGAUGAGAUGUCAACCAGCCAUGCCCUCCUCUCCGGCGCCUCCUUCUCCGGUUCCACAUGUCAUUGAGAGACAGCAGCAGGAUUCACCAGUCACUACUCUUAGAAACUGGGUGGACGGGGUCUUCCACGAUCCCCUCUUCAGACACAGCACUUUGAACCAGGCGUUAACCAACACGACGGUUUCUUGGACCACCACCAAAGGCGCAAUCCUGGAGACCGGUGCACUCGGACGCUCAGUUGGAAAUAAUGUCAUCAAAGGACACAUCCCUUCCUUACAGCACCAAUAAUCCAACGAGGAUAAAAAUGACAUUUACUCUUCAGAACGGGGGAAAAGACAAUGUUUUGCCAUAAACAAACCAAAAUCUCCUGUGAGAUGCACUCAUGG